CAGCCAGCAACACAGGCGAACACAACUCUCCCUCGCUCACUCUCACUCUCACUCAGGCGCCGUCUCUCCCUGCAGCUGCAACAACAGAGACCCCCAACAACACCCGAACCUCACAAACCUCCACAUCCAGUUACAUCUCAGAAAAGGAUCCCAACAGGAGAAAAAGAACAACCGCUGCAGCUUGCACAAAAAAAAAAGAAAAAGAAAGAAAAAAAAAAGGAAUCUACGUCUUUAUUGAGAAUAUAAAGUCGCUGAGGAAGACUUUUGUCUACUUGUCUUCUUUACGCUGGUGACCCUUCUCCAUCGUGCCACAAUGUCCGAGGUGCUGCCAUACAACGAGGGGAAAAUGAACGGCUAUGGGGCAGAUAGCGAGGUCAGUCAGAUGUCCUUUAGCUGCGGACUGCAGGACACAAGCGCCUUUUUCUCUGCGUCGCAGGCGAAAAGACCCCCAAAGCUUGGACAGAUCGGCCGAGCCAAGCGAGUGGUCAUCGAGGACGACCGAAUAGACGAGGUCCUGAAGGGGAUGACAGACAAGUCUUCACCAGGCGUUUAA